UAAGAAAUCGAAGCUCGAUUCAUUGUUCUUCUCUCUCUCCGCUUCCUUCGAAAAUGGGCGGUCACAGAUCCACGUCAGCACCCGCCGGCGCCGGCGCCUCCUCCGCCUCCUCGUUCAUCUCAGCCUUCUGCUCCGCUUCUCUCCGCCGCAAGACUUUGCCGGUGGGACCCACGGAUAGUCGGAGCGAUGACCUAGUUCGAGGAUUGGGGCUCGUCGAUCUCGUCCUUAUCGGUAUCGGUGCUUCGAUAGGCGCCGGAAUCUUCGUCGUCACCGGCACCGUAGCACGUGAUGCCGGCCCUGGUGUUACAAUUAGUUUUGUUCUUGCUGGAGCUGCAUGUGUACUCAAUGCUCUUUGCUAUGCCGAGCUAUCAUCACGUUUCCCUCCUGUUGUUGGUGGCGCUUACUUGUAUACAUAUACUGCUUUUAAUGAGCUUACGGCCUUUCUUGUCUUUGCCCAGCUAAUGCUGGAUUACCACAUAGGGGCAGCGAGUAUUGCACGCAGCUUAGCUAGCUACCUUGUAUCGUUUUUAGAGCUCUUUCCUUUCUUAAAAGGACACUUCCCUAGCUGGUUUGGCCAUGGAGGUGAAGAGUUCUUUGGAGGAGUUGUGUCCAUCAACAUACUAGUUCCAAUUCUUCUAACUCUUUUGACAGUAAUUCUAUGUUAUGGUGUUAAAGAAUCAUCUGCAGUGAAUUCAUUUAUGACUGCAACAAAGGUGCUCAUUGUCGUAUUUGUUGUUCUGGUUGGUGCCUUUGAGGUUGAUGUAUCAAAUUGGUCACCUUUUGCUCCUAAUGGUAUUAAAGCUGUUGUUACCGGAGCAACGGUAGUAUUUUUUGCAUAUGUCGGGUUUGAUGCAGUUGCAAAUUCUGCUGAGGAGUCAAAAAGACCACAGAGAGACUUGCCCAUUGGCAUACUUGGGAGCCUUGUUGUAUGUAUACUGCUAUAUGUUGCCGUCUGCUUGGUCAUAACUGGGAUGGUUCCGUAUCAAUCUCUUGGUGAAGAAGCUCCUCUUGCUGAAGCUUUUACUGGUAAAGGAUUGAAGUAUGUGUCUGUUUUAAUUAGCAUCGGCGCAGUUGCAGGUCUGACUACAACAUUGCUUGUUGGCCUGUAUGUUCAGUCUCGUUUGUAUCUUGGACUUGCAAGGGAUGGUUUGCUACCUUUAAUUUUCUCCAAAGUGCAUCUGACUAGGCACACUCCCAUCCAUUCGCAGAUCUGGGUUGGUUGUGUUGCUGCUGUCUUGGGUGGUCUCUUUAAUGUGCACAUGCUCUCUCACAUUCUUUCAGUUGGGACCCUGACUGGCUAUUCUGUAGUAUCCGCUUGUUUGAUAACUCUCCGCUGGAAAGAUAAGCCUGCGAGCCAAGUUUGUGGGAGGUGCAUUUCAAACUGGCUUGAAGGCACCAUCUGUCUUCUUAUAGUUGCCUGUUGUGGCUUUUCAGCUGGCCUCUGCUAUCGCUUUGAUGCCUCAUUUAUCUUGUUGCUGCUUUUCAUAUUUGUAGCAUUUCUUGCUGCAGCUGCACUUCAUUUUCGGCAGGUUUAUAUGGACCCCCCUGGUUUUUCAUGUCCUGGAGUCCCUACUGUGCCAGUUGCCUCCAUCUUUUUUAAUAUCUUCUUAUUUGCACAGCUACAUGAAGAAGCAUGGUAUAGAUUUGUCAUCAUCAGCUUCAUCUCAAUUGCAGUUUAUGCCAUCUAUGGGCAGUACCAUGCGAAUCCAGCAACUUCGAAUCAAUCAGUGGACUACCAUAGGGUUUCGUUGGAGGAAGCCUAAUUAUGGCAACUUUAUUUAAUUAUGUAAGGUACGAGGAAAUCACAUGAAUCCCCUAUUAUAGUCAUUCUCAAUGAUUCCAUAGAUUAUGGGUGUUGAAGCAUUGCAAGCCUGCCAGAGAAUCAAUUAAAAAGAGAAGGUAAAGUUCAGUUGGACACAAUAAUAUACUUGUCAUAUAUAGACAUGUACAAUAACAGCUUUGAAGGUAGAUAGUAAGUUACUUGUAUCUUGUAUCUACUGUAAAAUAUUCUUACAGUGUUCAUUGGAAGGCGUUGGCAACAAAAAAUUAGUUUAAUGGCAUAAUUGAACGCUUUAUAAGUUCCUUUAUAUCAGUUCCCUAUAGUUAUCGCAACUUUAUGUGUGAGGAAUUCACCUGAAUCCUCAGUGGUACUCAUUUCUCAAUGUCUCCAUAAAUUCUGGAUGUUGAAGUCACUUGAAGCCGGUCAGAUUAUCGAAGAGGAGGUAAAUUUCUGUUGAAUGCAGUAUACUUGUCAUAUGUAGAUAUGUACGAUGACAUCUUUGAAGAACGAUUGUAAUUUACUUGUAUAUAUAUAAGAGGAGGUAAAUUUCUGUUGAA